UGCUAUGCAUGCUGUAGCAUUUAAUUAUAGAGUAGAAACAUUACAACCUUGCCUCCUGCUAAAGGAUAUUAUCUUGAUUUAUUAAAAGGUGCUUGGAAGUAAUGGCUGCAUCUAAUAAGGUAACCCAGCAGGAAUUCUGUGUUAAGCAUCUAACCGAAGACUUGCACAAUUUGCUGUUUAAAAGCUAUUACUGGUGGGUUUUGACAUUUCCCUGAUCGUGGCUCACAUGCUAACACAGCUUUCCACCAAACCCAUAGUCAUUCUGAACUACAGUGGUAUGUUCCACACUGAUAAUGUGCUGACAGGGAAAUGCGUGUUUACAAAGUUGAUUAGGCCAGAAAGUUUCAAGAAACCAGCUUCUUAAAACCAGAACAGCUAUGCAGGUGAAAGGUUUUACUCACCUAUAACAGAAGCUUUAAAGGUAUGUAGUUACUUACUCAAGGGCAGUUUGAUAAGUUAAUAACUAUGUUUUGAUUCUUUAUUCCAGUUCACCUUUAUGACAAAGCAGCUGUACACCUAGAAUGUCUUUACAUUCAUUCUUGUCUGGAGAAACACAUACGACACCACCACCCCCCUACCUUUUUCCUUUUGGGUUUGGUGUGUUUUGUUAUUUCUUUUCUUCCCUCCUUCACUUUAUAAGCUCAUCUUUGCCUCAGCCUGGAAUAGUUUUUGUUUGGUUUUGGUACACAUAUACAUAUAUGCCUAUACAUGUGCAUAUGUGUUACACCAGCUCCCUAUAGACCAGGCAUCAAAGUCCCAGCUCUCCUGUUACACUCUGUGCUUCCAGAAACAACCCUCUCCUGCAAGCAAGCCCACAAACCUGCUUUGAUUUUACCCAUUUUGAAGGAUCUGGUACUACAACCUCCUUGUCUUCUUUGCUUCAUAUCCCCUACCCACAUCACUCAGUCCUCUGCUUUGUAUCCUCUUCCCGUGGAGUCAGCAACACCUGCACUGACUUUUUCCUUCCAGCUGUUUUCCUCCCCUAUCCUAUCAGCCAGGCUUUUCAUUCACUGCUCAAUAAAGCCGCAGGUUGUUCAGGGUGAGGGCUGUGUUGUUACUUACCAUGGGGCCUGUGACUUUGAGCUCCUCUGGCAUGCGCAGGGCACAAGCUGGAGAGCUCUUCAGACGUGUGGAAAUCCUCUUCCCUUUACCAAAUCUGUGCACUUUCGAGAGCGUUUGCAGUGUUUGUUUUGCUAAGAAACUCCCAGCUCUUUCAGCCACUGGCCCAGCUCCAGGUAGCCAGGACAAAGGCAGGAGCUCCAUGGUGACCGGAUUCCACCUCUGAUCUCCAAGGAGACAGAAACCCCCCUGCAGUAGUGACAACAAACCAGCUGGGGAAAGAAAACACCGGGGGCUCCAUGGCUCAGAAUGGGGGAGAAGCAGCAAUGGCCAACUCCACAAGUGAUUCAAAGAUGAGAAAAGUCAUUGAAGAUCUGACAAAGGGCCUGAAAGAACUCUGUAGGAGCCCCGAAGAUGAGAAGAGCGAGAAGGCGUUGCUACAAUCACACCUAGAACAGCAUCACCUCAUCUGUAUGUUGAAGAAAAAAGCAGAGGAUGCAUACAAACAAUGCAAAGUCCUGAAGCAACAAAACGUGGAGCUGGAGAAACUGAGGAGAGAGGAUGCUGCAAAGAUGAAAGUCCAGACCCAGCAGAUUCAGUGUUUGGAGUGGCGCUUCAAGGAUCUGGCUGACAACCAUGAAAAAAUGAUCCAGCUCAAGGACGAACACCGGGAACGGAACAUGCAGCUGCAGGAGGAGAACAAGCGCCUGCGGCAGGAGAAUCAAGUGCUCUUUGGUCAAGCUAUGAAGGAGAAGGAAGCUGAAGUGCUCCAGCUUGCUGCCCAGGCCAGGAAGCUCUCAGAGCAGUUAGACUCCUUACAGGAGAAAUGCGCUUAUGAGACCUGCAGAGCGCAGGAGCGGGAAGAGGAGCUGCUGGAAGCUAAGAGCCAGCAAGCCAGUGCCUACGCCUGGGAGGUUGAUUCCUUAAAGCACCAGCUGCAAGGCCUACAGGAGCAGCACCAACAAACCCUGGUGAAGGCAGAGCACAUGGAAAGCCAGCAGAAAGCCCAGGACAGCGAGUUGCGAGCCAGGCUGCAGAGGGCCAAUGAGGAGAAAAAGCAGCUCGUGAACCUGGCCACGGAGAGAGGCAAAGCUCUGCAGGACAAGCAACAGGAAAUUCAGCAGCUGUGGAAGAAGCUGGAGACGGCAGAGAAAGCCAAGCGGAAAGCAGGGAAGUGCGUGGCGAAAGAGGCAGCAGCAGCGGACAGUGAGCUGAAGGUGCAGGAGCUGCAGCGAGAACUGGAAAGCAGCAAGCAGGCCUACAAUGAACUCGCGCUGCACUUCAAUGCCUACAGGAAGCACAGUGAGGAUUUACUGGCGAAAGAGAAAGCGCUGAAUGUCAAACUCCGUCAUUUCGUUGCGUAACUACAGCUUUCUCAGUGCCUCUCAUGGCACACCACUGCACGCUGUUCCCUUCCACGAGAUCAUCUGCUUCCUCUGUAAUGCACUUGCUGGCUUAAAGCAGCCUACAAAGAGUUCCGUAGCCUGUUUCUUUGUUAUGCGUUUAUAGAAGUAAGA